UACAGCACCACGUUCCCUUCCUGUCGUAGAGACAGCACCCCAUUCCCUUCCUGUUGUAAAUACAGUGUCCCGUUCCUUUCCUGUUGUAGAUACAGCACCCCAUUCCCUUCCUGUAGUAGAUACAGCACCUCGUUCACUUCCUGCCGUAGAUACAGCACCUCGUUCCCUUCCUGUCGUAGAUACAGCACCACGUUCCCUUCCUGUCGUAGAUACAGCACCACGUUCCCUUCCAUUCGUAGAUACAGCACCCCAUUCCCUUCCUGUUGUAAAUACAGUGUCCCGUUCAUUUCCUGUUGUAGAUACAGCACCCCGUUCCCUUCCCGUAGUAGAUACAGCACCUCGUUCCCUUCCUGCCGUAGAUACAGCACCUCGUUCCCUUCCUGUCGUAGAUACAGCACCUCGUUCCCUUCCUGUCGUAGAUACAGCACCUCGUUCCCUUCCUGUAGUAGAUACAGCACCCCGUUCCCUUCCUGUAGUAGAUACAGCACCCUGUUCCCUUCCUGUCGUAGAUACAGCACCCUGUUCCCUUCCUGUUGUAGAUACAGCACCCCGUUCCCUUCCUGUCGUAGAUACAGCACCCCGUUCCCUUCCUGUAGUAGAUACAGCACCCCAUUCCCUUCCUGUCGUAGAUACAGCACCCCGUUCCCUUCCUGUCGUAGAUACAGAACCCUGUUCCCUUCCUGUCACAGAAACAGCAACCCGUUCCCUUCCUGUCGUAGAUACAGCACCACGUUCCCUUUCCAUCGUAGAUGCAGCGCCCCGUUCCCUUGCUGUCGUAGAUACAGCACCCCGUUCCCUUCCUGUCGUAGAUACAGCGCCCUGUUCCCUCCCUCUCAUAGAUACAGCACCCCGUUCGCUUCCUGUCGUAGAUACAGCGCCCUGUUCCCUAUCUGUUGUAGAUACAGCGUCCCGUUCCUUUCCUGUUGUAGAUACAGAACCCUGUUCCCUUCCUGUCGUAGAUACAGCACCACGUUCCCUUCCUGUCAUAGAUACAGCACCCCGUUACCUUCCUGUUGUAGAUGCAGCGUCUCAUUCCCAUUUCCUUUUGUAGAUACAGCACCCCGUUUCCUUCCUGUCGUAAAUACAGCUCCACGUUACCUUCCUGUCGUAGAUGCAGCGCCUAGUGCCCUGUUCCCCUUCCAGUCUUAGAUAAAGCGCCCCGUUCCCUUCCUUUCAUAGAUACAACGCCCCGUUCUCUUCCUUUUGUACAUACAGCACCCGUUUCCUUCCUGUCAUAGAUGCAUCGCCCAGUACCCCGUUCCCUUACCAUCCUAGAUCCUAGAUCCUGUCGUAGAUGCAGCGUCCCGUUCCCUUUCCUUUUGUAUAUACAGCACCCAGCACCCAGCACCCAGCGCCCUGUUCCCUUCCUUUCAUAGAUACAGCACCCCGUUCCCUUCCUGUCGUAGAUACAGCACCCCAUUCCCUUCCUGUCGUAGAUACAGCACCCCAUUUCCUUCCUGUCGUAGAUACAGCACCCCGUUCCCUUCCUGUCAUAGAUACAGCACCCCAUUCCCUUCCUGUCGUAGAUACAGCACCCCAUUCCCUUCCUGUCGUAGAUACAGCACCCCGUUCCCUUCCUGUCGUAGAUACAGCACCCCGUUCCCUUCCUGUCGUAGAUACAGCACCCCGUUCCCUUCCUGUCGUAGAUACAGCACCCCGUUCCCUUCCUGUCGUAGAUACAGCGCCCCGCUCCCCGUUCCCUCCCAACACCUGACCUCACAGCUGGAAUGGCGUCUGCCGCCGUUCACGCUGGGUAACAUA